UGAAGCCAAAUAUUUGUGUGUAUCUUCUUCUGUAUCAAAGUCCCAAAAAUACACCAUGUCGAAUUUGAGUCUCCUCAAGUUUCAGUAUAGUUUCACAAGUAAGCCCACUUCUCCACGCAAAAAUAUACAGCAGAAGAACAGCUUCAAGUCAAGACAGACAUCAUCGAGUACAGGAUUGAGUUUCCAGCCAAAAGAAGAUGAAAUGAAAUGGGUGUUUGAGAAAUUUGACACAAACAAAGAUGGUAAUAUUUCCCUUGAAGAGUACAAGGCAGCUGUGAGGGCCUUGGAUAGGGGAAUUGGGGACUCUGAGGCAGUCAAGGCAUUUAAAGCCAUGGACUCUAACGGAGAUGGGUUAAUUGAAUUUAAAGAGUUCAUGGAAAUCUUCAAUGGAGAGAGUAGGAUAAAAGAAAAUGAGAUUAAGAGUGCUUUUCAAGUAUUCGAUUUGAACGGUGAUGGGAAAAUUAGUGCUGAGGAAUUGUCCCAAGUUCUGAAAAGGCUAGGAGAGAGUUGCAGCCUUAGCGCUUGCAAAAAAAUGGUGAAGGGGGUGGAUGGUAAUGGAGAUGGUUUUAUAGACUUGAACGAGUUUAUGAGGAUGAUGAUGAGUGGCAAGAAACUGGCAUAAGUGAUCACACAUUUCCUUGAGGAUAAUCUUGUUCAGUGUUUCUGAAGUUUGUGUCUUACUUAAAUGUUUGGUUUCUUUUAUUUUAUUUCAUGUUAUUGAGUGCUAAGUAGAUAGUUUGGUUAUAUGUAUGGUGAUUAUCAUCCUUUGUUAGUAACGGGUGUCAUGUUCUAAUACAAAUAGGGUGAAUGCUAUUUUGUCUUUGAUUUCCUGUCCUUUUGUUUUCUCACUAAGUAAUCCACUAAGUAUUAUAACUAUUUU